AUGGGAGGAAAAGAUAAACAAAGAACUAAAGGAAACGCGAAGGUAUAAAUAUAGUGAUGCGGUUCUUCUGCGUGUCAAUGUUUGAAGAAAUUUAACUUCCUGUGUUACUACUAUCGUAAUCAAGUUUUUUCAUCAUAUUCCAAUAUGAGUAGGAUUUUGCCAACCAAACUCUAGAGAUGAAAAUGAGGUGUGAUAGCAAUUGGACGAAACACCGAUCUAUUUUAUCUGUUUACACAUAAUUUUUGAAAACAGCUGUUAUAUUCAAUGGUGGUGUUUUUGUCUCACACUAGUUCGUUAACUCGUUGUGACGAAGGGCCACGCUCGAUCGAAACGCCUGCUUUAGAAACACUGUUUCUAAAUGGUAGCCUAGUUAAAUUAUAAACUCGGUUUAUAAAACUUUAUUGUCUUGUUAUACCCUCCACCGACGUAGCAGUACAGGUGAGUUUCUUUAGAAACCUCCUAAUUCAUUUCACUUAUAAUCAGUAAAUUAAAACUAAAUUAAAGCUAAGUCUUGUCCAGAUACAUGUAAUUUAGUCACAGGGAAGGAGUCUUGCAACACUAUUACAAAACAUAUUACUUUUUCCGUAUUAUCAUACUUUACCAGCCAUCUAGCAGUGGCCGUGCAGCUGCUUUGAUCUCGAAAGAUGGAACUGUGGGUUUUGUUGGGUUUGGAGGACUGCAAGGCAGUCCAGGUGCAAGUAACCUUGGUUAUGUUCCAAUGAGCACUGGUGUUAGUGAAGACGUUGAUGCAUCUGUUGAUGGAGAAUUCAGGAUGGUGAUGAGGAAAUUGAUGAAGAGAGACUCAGUUACAAAAUUGAAGGUAAAUUUGUAUCAUCCCAUAAUUAUUUACUGUUAAUUCACAUUGCACCUGUACCUGAAUACAAAAAUAGUAAUCCUUUGAGAUUAGUUGAUGUACUUCAGUAUGAUGUGGAAAAGUUGUCAAUUUCAACCUCUACCUUUCCAAUCUAAAAAGUUCUCUGUAUGUGUGAUCAUCUUGUAUUUGUGUAUGGCAUGCUCCUGCCACAAGUGACCAAGACAGAAUUUCUCCUUACAAUAUCAAUACAAUAUCAAGCAGGCAGGUGAUGAGAAUAGAGAAGAAUAUCAAUCAUGGGAUUAUUAGUUGAUCCAAUACCAAAUUCUCGGAACUAACAUCAUAAGAAUUGUACAGCAGAUAGUAAGGAGAAUUACUUAUUAGAUCUUGGGAGUGAAAGGGUUAAAGCACCCAGUAUUUUAUUAAGCAACAGUAGGGAGUAAUUUUCCUUGCAGAUCACACAACAGGCAGAAGGGAGAGCACCAACUUCCUACCACCAUAGCUUAGCUUGCUUCCCUGAAAUCAUGGGAGUAAUCAUAAAUAUUAUUGUUAUUAAAGAAAAGCCACAAUAUCUUCAGUAAAAAAUCAUCAGAGAACCCUUUGUUUACCUUCCUUCCUUUGGUUGCAUCUUGUUUACCUUCCUUCCUUUGGUUGCAUCUUGUUUACCUUCCUUCCUUUGGUUGCAUCUUGUUUACCUUCCUUCCUUUGGUCACAUCUUGUGUAAGCCAAAGAUAUAUGACUGCAGUGGUAAAAUGCAAAAUAGCACAAUAUACAAGUAAAUGGUCAUUACUGUAUUGUCUCUAACUUAUUUUUAAUUAUUUUCUUCUCUAGGCUGUACAAGAGUUCACCGAGUUAUGCAAGAAUUUGACUGUUGAGGCUGUGGAAAGUGCUCUCCCAUUCUGGCCAAGGCUGUUCAACAAAUUAGCUCUGGUAAGUUCUCAAAUCAAAAAGUUAAAUUGAAAUGGAAACAUGGACGGUGGUGACUGACAAGAGAGCUCUCCUCCAACCAUUUGGGCCCUGACUGAAUUCCUGAACCUUUUGUUACAUGUACAUGUAGCUUGAGUUUCUUGUUUUUGUUGUAUCUUUUAACUUGCUCUUUUUUAAUAGCUUCUGAUUUUCCUUUCUACCCAAAACCAACACUCCAAAUUUCAAUUUUACUUGAAAACAGCCCAAAAAAAAAAGCCAACCUGUGGAUGUCAUUGCUUAAUUUUUUUUUCAAUAUUUCAGUUAAUUUUUUAUUACACAGGAUGUUGAUCACAGAGUGCGAGAAGCAACUCAACAAGCCAUGGAACAGUUGGUUCUCAGAGUUGGUCGUAAUCUUGCUCCUCAUCUGCGUUAUAUUAUUGGUCCCUGGCUGUGCACACAGUUCGAUAACUAUGCAGUUGUUGCAUCAUCAGCUAGGAAGUCAUUCCAUGCAGCAUUCUCAGAGGAAAAACAAACUGAUGUCAUCAUGUUUUGUAGGAAGGACUUAUUUGAGGUAUGCAUGUUCUUACAGGUUGUAAACUGUAUCUACUGCACAGGGUGCAUGGUAUAUGUGCAGUACAGUAUUUUUGUCUUGUGCACUAGCUAGUUGACAAUUGCAGCAUUCAGUACUACUAAAUAAAACCUAAAGGGGGAUAUUUUCCUUCUGAUUGAAAUUUGUUCUCCUGUCUAAGGACAUUUGCUUCAUUUGUUUUGUCAUUAGUGGGUUCCAACCAUUUAUAUUCAGUUUUACAAUUAAUAAUUUUCUUACAUAAUUAUUUUUAUCAUUAGUACCUCCUUUCAUCCACCCUCUUUCCCUUCAUCCAUUCUCUUAUGCAUUCACAUGACUGGUUCUUCAAUAAUUCAGUUGGUUAUUCAUUCAUAAUUCAAAUUUUUUGAUCUUACAGUUCUUUCAGGACAAUAUAUUAACUCAGACUCCUUCCACCCUCUCUGAUCCAAAGUAAGUGAACACUGUGAAAAUCAGAACCUUUCUGAUUUUGUUACUGAGCUCAAAAUUUGUCUCACUCCCUAUUCUAUCAAUUUUAUUCACACAUUGCUUUUGACAUUGUUGAUCUUUGCAAUAUGCAGAAUGCAUAAUGUCAUACACAUGUACAUUGUUUAAACCUAGUGUUGGCCUACCUUGCCUUAGAUUUUCCUGAGCCCAUUGUAACUGAAGUAGAAGAGUAUUGGAGCAUGUAACUCAAAGCUCAAGAGUUCAGUUCCUAAUGACAUACUGUUCUAUUCUCAUUACAGAAGCAAUAACAUAUUCUUUAAUUAUUGUUAUGACCAAACUCAAAAUUUAACAUUUAUUCUAUUCUAUGUACAUAAAGAUUUGUUUCUGAAGAAGAAAGAGAGGCUAAAUAUAACAGAGUGCUCUCAUCUUCCAUCUUGGGGCUUGGACACCUGAUAAAUGUUACAUCGCAGAAGGACAGUGCAGAUAUGGUGGACCUUUAUCUUAAAGUUCUGCGGCAAAACAAGUUCUGGAAAUAUGCCAGGCACAAGUCCCCACAUGUAUGUGUCUAAUAAAAGUUUAACAUCAGUUUGUAUUUUGUGGAACAUUUACCAAUUUAUGUAUUGUCAUUAGUUACACAUAUUCAAUUAUUGGGUUGAAAUGAUUUCAAGUAAGCUACAAUUUUUUUUUCAAGUAGAAUGUUGUUGUACAGUAUUGUAGUUACAAUUGCAUUUAAAAAGAUUUAUCACUGCCAUUCCUAAUGAUAAUUCACCCAUUAUGAAUGUAAGUUUUCAUGACUAUAAUGCUCAAGUAUUGGUAGUACACGUCAAUACAUAAAAGAUCAAGAGGAACAGGUGCAAAAGUCAGAACGGAUCAACUCCAGCUCACUCAGAUCACUUUGGACUCAUUCAGAUUGCCUCAGAUUGAAACAAAUUCCUAAAUCCUACUCUGAUCACCCUAGACUGUGGUAAAAUUCCCAAAACGGUCUUUUUUGAAAUCCUAUUUCACCUUAAAAUUCAACUAUCAUGAUGUCAAAUUCAGUCCCAUCUGCCCUCUGAUCAAUGGUUAAGCCACCAUGUUGUUUUAUUAACUAGUGCCAGGUCUCUAUAUGACCAUGCAGGUUCUCAGCUGAUCUGAGUAAGUCAGUGUUAAUCUGCACCCGGACUAGCAAUCCAAGUUGAUUGAGUCCAACUUUUAUACCUACCUGGAAAAUAGUACUUCUAGUUACAAAGGACACAUUGUGUGUGUUCACUUAGGUGCGAGGUGCUGUAUUCUCUACUGUCAGCAUUGCCUGUGAGCAACUUCCUUCUAUGAUGUUGUCAAUCAGCUCCCAGGUCUCUCCAGCAGUGUUAUCUGCACUGGAAGAUUCUGAUCCUGCAGUCUGUCAACAACUGUGGAAUGCUGUUUUAUCUGUGCUCAAGAAUAUCACAGUAAGCAACUGACCUUGUUUCUUGCUUUUUUAACUUAGGGAAAAUUUAACAAUGUGCACUGUUUGUUACUUUCUCUCAAAAUAUCCAUUUCCUGACAGUCAGUUAUUAAAAUUAUAUUUUUGAAAUUUUUUACUAAAAAGGACUGCUGGAUCCAAGUGAAAGCCCGCAAAGCUGUUUUGCCUAAACUCUGGUCUGUCUUGAAGAGUGGUGGCAGUGGUUGUGCUACCAUGAUCUUUCCUAACUUACUUCCAUUCUUGAGCAAAGUACCUUCAGAGGUUUGCAUUUAUACUUUGAAUACAUAUUUUGCAGCUAUAAUCAUAACAUGGUAUUUUACAGUCCUGUUUUUUUUUUUUCAAGAAUGUCUUGAAAAAAAGAAGAGACAAACAAAAAAAACCACAAAACAGUGAAAAAAUAAUCUGUCACUUCCCAAAUACAAGUCAAUUUAUUAGUUGGAAGUUUUAAUAUUCCUAUUUCUUGUCUUUCUCUAUUCCCAAACCCUAAGAAUUUUUUUAUGACUUAGUUGGAGUCCAGGUGGAUGCUUGGCUGAAAGGUUCCAGUUUAAAUCCUGUCCAAGCUCACCAGGUUUUGUCUUCUUGGGCAAGAAACUUUAGAUUACUUGGACCACAAUAAUUAUCACUAAGUAGUCACAGAAACCUGGUGCAGUGUGCUGAUGGGUAAUAUGUUAUGGACCAACAUCCAAUUUAAUGGGUGAAGAAACACUUGUUGCAUCUUGUCUAUGAAACAGCCAAGGAUGUGUACAGUGUAUUAGCCAUCAUUUUUGGCCACCUACAUGUAGCUUGAUAUGUAGAUCACUUACAUUGUUACUCUUUUAGCCUGCAAUUUGGCCCCUAUUCUUAGGGCUGUAGGACACUCAUUUUUCCACCCAUGGCUGUAUUAGAGACAAUUCUGGGGGAGGAUUGUCAGGAGGUCUGGCACUCAAUAUCAGUGUUAGACAACUUCCUGCAGGCAAAGGAAUGCUUUUACCUUAUGAGGUGGGUUAUCUUCUUCAGCCCUCAAUAAUAAUGCUCUUUCAGGUUAUUGGUAGUGGCAUGGGUUUCUACCAAGAAUUCUUUACAAAUCUUCAAGAAGGUCUGACUAAGGAGCGAGUGCAAAAUAGCCCUAGUGAAUGUUCAGCAGUGAUUACAGCAUUCAUGGAGUGCCUGAAAUUUUGCCUUCUACACGAAUAUGGGGAUGGAUCAAACAUGGAAAUCCGGGAAUAUUUGAUUAAGGAGCAGGUACUCAAUUUUAGGAGUUUAUCCACUGAAAGUAGGUCUGCAUCCCACCAAAAGCAAGGAUUGAGUUAAGGGAGAUAGGGGUUGUUUAAAAUAACUUCUUCCUUUUGUGGCCAAGGAUGGUGUCAGUAAAAGGUGGCUGUGCCAAAAGGCAAAACCAAAACAUGACAGCCUGCUUGCAAAAGCACUGACAGAUGUGAUUACCUAAUCAUUCAUGUACAUGCAGCGGAUUGUGCUGUACACCCAUAGCCCUUCUCUAAACAUAGAAUUUUAUUACUUUAAAUGGACACAAGCUAACUGUGGGGGGAAAGUACCCACCUGGAAAAAUGUUGGGGGAAAGCAAAUGUCUCUGCAUCCUGGAGAAGUGAUAACACUCCUAGUUAUUUCAUUUUUCUGUAAGUGGAAUAAAAUUUGGCUAUUGCAAAACCCUGGAUUAUACCUCACAUCUUAACCCUUUAACUCUCAUGAGUGACCAAGACAGAACUUCUCCUUACAAUAUCAAUACAACAUCAAGCAGAGAAGUAAUGAGAAUGAAAAAAUUGAUAUAUUAAUAUUAAGGGAAUUUAUCAGUUGAUCUAACACCAGAUACUCCCAACUAACAUCAUGAGAACUGUACAGCAAACAGUGAGGAGAAUUACUAAAUGAAAAAUUGUGAGCGAAAAGGUUACAUAUACAUGCAGCUGUAUAUGCGAUGUAUAUUUAUAAGAAAUACUUGCAAACAAGUGUUGUUGCUCACUCCUAGAAGAGGCAUGCAAAUGGUAAGGUGAUGCCAUUUGCUGUUUUAGAUUGGCUUUUUAACUGGUUUACAACAUUCUUAUCAGUAAGUUUGCUGACUGAUUGUGGAUUGUUCUUUUACUCCUUUUCAGCUGUUGUCUCUGUUGAAAGAAUCAUUGGAAAAGCAAAAUAAACUGACAUAUGACAGUCUGUAUACUCAUGCAGCUGAUCUGCUGUCAUAUUUGUCUAUCAAAGCAAAAAGUGAUUCCAAGACAGGAAAGGAUGUAGAGGAGGAAAAAUUACCGCAAAAUUUCUGCCACAUAUUGAAAUGGUUUUGGGAGGGCUUCAGUUCAAUCUGUUUGGAAAAUCUUGAGUCUGGCUCCGGAAAAGUGGUAAACAUACUGUUCUUUAUUUGUAAACAAAACUUGUGCUUGUAAACAGGAAAAUGGAUGGUUACCACAAUUAUGGUUCUAUGUAAUGAAAUCUGUUUACUACGUCAGAGCUUGCUGGCCAACUGACUAGUGCUUUAGUGAAGGAGAUUUUCAUAUCAUUCCAAGGUUCCCAGACCAGGAUAUUCCCAUUUUGUAAUCCAUGUGGUGGCUACCAAGAUCUUGAUAAGAUUUAGGGGAAUGUAAUACUGUUGUGUAACAUUAUGGUCAUCAGCUCAAACAAAACAAACUGUCAAUCUCUUAUCUGGUUUUUCCUUGGUGAUUGAAAAUGGAGUUGUAAAAAGUAGAGUGAAGGUACUUUUGAAUAAAAAGUGUAAGUUUGUGAAGAAUCUGUGGUACUGCACUGGUGGGGCAUGAUAGAUAAUUUGGCUUUAUCAACUGAGAAUUGGCUACCACAGAGAAUUUCUUAAGUUGAUACUUUGAAUUUGAAUCCUUGGUUGGGGUGAAAAACAAAUGGAUAAGGAUACUUGUGGCUGGUAAAGUAAGGCAGUUCAUUGAAUACAACAUGUCUUUCUCUCAGUGGUUAUUCAGUUGUACAUUAACAUUUUUUUGGAUGUUGUUCUGAUGCUUUUUUUGUUUGUUUGUUUUUUCUUUUGUUUUGUUUUUUUUCCUACAGGUAGUUGAUGAGGUUGUUAAUUCUGUGUCUCACUGUUUGGUUAUGCUAAAAUGUCCCACCAAGAAGAAGAAAAAACAACACAGAGUGGCAUUUAUGGAACUUUCGUCAUCUGAACCAUUAGAUUCAUCUGAGGCUGAUCAAUGUUUACCUUACAGUGAUUCUAAAGUGACAUUGGUCAAUGUGGAGAGACUCUACAAUGGCUGUCUUUUAGAUUUAGUUUGCAAUAUUUGUACACUGUGUAUGAAUGAGAUCACUAAAAACAAUUCAGUGGUGCAUUUGAAACUUCUUUCUUCUCUUAUCCCCGACUUCACAUCAACAAAACUUGUCAAAUCUUUGCUUGACAGCUCAAAUGGACCACCUACAACUUUGUUUGCCUCAGAAAAUGAUGAUUACUCAAUUUUGUGUGAAGAAUUCCUUCUACAUACUUUGUUUCCUUGGAUCAAGUCCUCCCUGCCUGGGAAUGAAAAUGUUACUACUUGUGUUUUUAAGGACAGCAGAUCUGUUGAUUACCUCAUCAAUAUUUUAUGUGGCAUUAUAACAGCUUUACCAAUUGUCAAACAAGUGGAAUUAGUGUCAGAAUCCCUUCAGGUAAGGUGUUUGUAUAAUCGCUGUUGUGCGCGUGUCAUGGUUAAGUUGUGUCCAAAUAAACUGAACACAACUUAAUCAUUACAAUUUAAACUUACAUUUUACAAUUCUGUAUUUCCAAUUGAAAAUCCAGGGCGAAAAUGCUCAACUGUAAAGUAUAAAGUACUUAAAAGCAACAAACUUAUUCUUUAAGAAUUUCUUUCACCCAUUUUCCUUUUUUCCAAGUUUGAUCAAGAGAAUCUCUUACCUCUAUUUCUCCCUUUUCCUUUUCCCUUUUGGCUUUCUUUUUCCUUAUGGCUCUCUAAUUCUUUGAACAGGUUUUUGUUGUUUUUUGUUGUGUGUUUGUGUAUAAUGUCAGUUAAUAGCGCUCUCUUUAUUUCCAGCAAAACAACUCCAUCCUUUUCCUGUACAAAAUUCUCGAAAAGGUAAGCAUGAUAGGUCGGUGUUUUCCAUGGGUUAUCCGUUCCUAUAAGCGAUAGGUUUUGACCAAUCAGGGCGCUCGUAGUCUUUCGGUUAAUUUGAUGUACAAAAAUAAUUUUCUACAUCGAGAGCUGUAGAAUUUUAAAUCACUUAAAAGCUCUCAGGUGAUUAUCUUAUUUUAUCAUAUGGAAAGGUCGUCCUGAGGUAAAUCCGGGCUUUCCGAUUUUUUUCUUGGUCUGUAUUAAGCCAUACGGACUGUUUCCACGGAAACGGUCAUAAGAAGUGUAUUUUUUCGCAAAAGCCGCUAAAUGUAAAAUAAACAAAAUGGAUACGAGUGCCGCUUAACAAACCACUUACUGUUCUUGUUGGCUCGAGCCUUACCUAGGAACAUUGACUCUCGGUCGUUCUUGCACGGACCUCGCUGCGCUCGAUCCGCACCGCCACUUCUCUGAGCCAAUAUUCCCCAAUACUACCCGCGCUCUCGGUUAGGAAGAAGUUAUUAUUUACUCGUAGGGACUCCACGCUGAGGUUCCCGGUGUUGCAAGUUGGCUCCAAGGCGAUGAAGGAAAAGAGAAACUUCUUGGCUUGUCUAUGAGUUUGAUUCCUCGAGUUGGACAUAAGUCUACUCUUUCUGACGAAGAGCGAGAAGUUGUGUGGCGUCUCCUUAAGUUGUGCGUUGUUACGAAUGGGAAGGGUUAGUUUUUUUUAUGUCUUUGAUAGAUGAGAUACAUCUUUUUAUUCAGAUUUUUUAUUUCAAAUCAACUGAUUAAUUUUUUUUCUCGAUUUCAGCUGCCUUGCUGGAAAAUGAACUGGUAGACCAAAUUUGUCAGCAUUUCCUCAGGAUUCUUAAGCAAUCAAAGCAGGAAAAUGAGGCAGAAUUGUUGAUGUUGCUCGACAUUUUACAUUUGUUCCUCACCAAUUGUGAAAAUAACGUAAGUGUUAAUUGAUUAUUAUUCGUUCUAAUAGAGGAUAUGUCGCGAGCAAAAUUGCAUUCAUGUUAAAGAAGACCUCAGAUAACAAUAACAACUAAAAGUGAAUCGAUACGGCCUUGUGCCGGGGUUGGGUUGGGUUGGUAAGGGUUGUUAGAAAUACUUUAAGAGGGAAACAUGGGGAUCGUUAUUUAGACAAUUGUGUUAGCCGGCUCUGUCAUUUAGGUUGUCUUGAUCAAUUCUGGGUUUGCUUUUCAGUUUGAUGAGAUUGUGCCCUGUACAGAAGAGCUUCUCCUAGCUAUCUUUCAGCUACAACUGGGAGACAUGCCGCCUACUGGUGAGCAACAUCGUCUUGUAGUUCGAGGCUUUCGCAUACGAGAUCGAUCCGUUUGAGGCGUUGGGAAUAUUGCUUUUCCUUCUACAUAGGAUGAAGGUCAACUAAGGAUUGCUGCUUCUCUUCACCACUUUGUCAUGUUCCCUUGACGUUUUUAUUACUGGGUGGGGAAAGAUACUUUGCUGGUAAAAUGUCUUUUAAGAGAACAAGAACAAGAAACUCAUCUUCUUUCAUUUCACAUUAUUCGUCAUUCGGUCAACUAGAGAUCAUGCAAGGGAGAUGGGUUAAGUUCACAGUGCCCCUCAGAAACUGAGUAAUCGAAAUUACACGCUAGUAACAUACGUACUUAUAUCACAAAGUCAGCGAAAAGAAAGUUGAUGUCAGCACGCCGCGCGGAACUCUGGGAGUGAGGCGAACUACUUCUUGUGCACUAUUUUUGGUGCGCCUCACUCUCAGAGUUCCGUGCGACGGACUUCGUAGGAGAGGAGGGACUGCUCGUCAUCUUGUCCUUCUUGUGCGUGGUUAGCCAAGAUCUCUGAGCGCGGACAGAGAUUUAAGGAUAGAGAUAGAGCGACUCACUUCAAAUGUUUAUAUAAAGCAGACCAGAGUUGCAUCAUUUGUCUUUCGUUAAUGGAAUCUUAAAUAAAUUGCAGCAAAAGUAUAACACUUGUUGUGCUUUGUUUUCCAGAUACUGUAACUCAGUCUUUGAUAGGAACAUGGCAAAAAGGAUUAAGGGUCUUCCGACAACUUCCCUCUGAUGUGGAAUGUUCUUGUUGUGAGGCGCUGGUGAUUAAAGCGGCCAGACUUGUGCUAGACAAAUUGGUGAAGGUUGAAACACUGGAGAGGUAUCUAAAACUAAGUUCUGCUCUUUUCUGGUCGAGAAAAGAAUGAAUAUUUCGAAUUUUUUUAGACGAUAUUUAAGGUGACUUCAAUCCCCUCGUUGUAAUUCCUUGGUUCUCUUUUUGUAUUUGUAGAGUGGAUGAUCUCGCUACUGUAGCCGUUCAACUUCUUAGAGACUCAAUCAAGCUAUCGCCUGCUGAGGAUUCAAUAGACGAGUUACUUCCACAAAGAGUGUUCAUAGCUUUGACACCGACUGAAAAACAACUGAGAUUUCUUAGGAGUGAUUACUCUACGGUAGGCUAACGGAGUAAACUGUGCGUGGAAAGAAAUUCUUUUACUCUGUAUUAUAGGCGGAGAAAACGUUGUAGGUUAAUUACCUUAUCGAUAAAUUGUCGUGAAGCUUGGCUUUCUUGUCUUUUUUUGAGUUGUUCGUUUUCUGAUUCCUUUUCGCACAGACAAAGUGGUUGCUGGUUCCUUUGCUCGAAAGAAAAAUUCUUGUCUCAUCAGAUGUUGACGAUCUGUGCGACGUAAAUGAAACUGUUCAGUCCACGCUUACAAAUCAUCAGAAAGUGAUCGUGUUUUCGUCGACUCUGAUCGUUAAGACGCUUUCGAAUUCCGAUGAGCUAUCGAGCCGAAAGAGUGACAUUGUAACAAAGGAAAGUUUAAUCCGCCUGUGGUUGGAGACGAGCUGGGUCCGACAUUGGUGCUCGUGUGUCUUGGGAAUUAGUGACGUCACUGAGGUGGAGUAAAGUUUUCUUUUUGUUUCCCAGAUCGCUGUUAGGGAGUUUCAAACCAUAGGGCAUGCACAGCAAACUUUGAGUCAUUUCACAAUUGUCUUUUUAUUAUUAUUUUUCAUUAAGUCAGGGCUUGCAAUACCCUUUUAAAGGUUUUCAUUACCGGCUGCCGAUGGUGUAAUAAGCGAUUGUGCCCGGGAAAGUGAACGUGAGACCCCCUUCCCACUAGGGAGUUGUUGGGAAAUAAUAAGCAGACGGCGGGGAUAAACCACCAGUGACCCGCCUUCAUGGAAACCCCUGUCUUAAAUUAAGAUCUAAUUUGUACUCAUGAGUGUCCAAUUUGUAUAUGUAAUGAUAAUAAUAAUUAUAACGAUAGUAAUAUUAACAACAAUAAUGAUAAUAAUAACAUUGAUUUGCCUUUAAUUUCUUGGAAAAAAGUUUAAAAUUGUGCGAAGUGUAGCACUGCUACGUGUAACAUAAUUAUAAGUUUCAUUUUAAGGAAACUUAACCGGCCUUUUUGUUUUGUUUUGUUUUUGUUUGUUUGUUUUUUCCCAAAAGGAAUUUGUUGCGUUUGGAAACAAUUGUGACCACAAUAUGGCUAAUGUUCUGCUCAACCUAAACCAUUCAAGUAGCCGUCUUCUGCAACAAAUAAAUGAAAACCAGUGGGGCGAAGCUCUUAUCUCAGAAGCUCUCACGCGUUCAAGAAGCGAAGGUUUCUUGUGGUGCCUCGCUUUAGAUGGCGUGUUACAAGACCUUCGGCGGCUUGGUGUACCUAGUGAUACCGCACUCCUAUUGGCCGAGGUUCAAUCUUUAGCAUCGUUAGAGGAAAAAGAAUGCCAGACUUUGAACACUUUAUUAUCUCAUGUGGAUGGAAUAUAUGAGCUAAAAGUCAUCACUGAUCAGUUUAUCGCCCUUAUGCGCCAAGAUAUCGAUGAGAGAGGUAAGCUAUUGACAUGUGUGCUUUUGUCCUGUUGCCGUCAGAGUUGCUCAGUCUGUUGCAAUGUGGCUUUGUGUCGUACGUUUCAUAGCCACUUGCACAGGGUCCAUCGUUCAUGACUCGUCCAUCAUCGCCCAUCAGAAUUCAUCUCAAAUAAGGCUUAACUUUGGUGACUACCUUUUCAAAAAUUUGUCGGUCGUCUGAAAACGAAUCUCUUUGAACAGGAAGUAACUUUGGUAAUCAUACAAAGCCAGCAAAAAUUAACUUAUAGGUGCGCCGAUUUGCUGCGCGCGGCAAAAUGAAAGCGGCUCAAGUUUCGUCACUUGUCACCCGUCUGUCAGUGCUGUAAUUGCCUUAAACUUCUUAAUCUAUCCACAUUAUUGUCCUAUAUUUUUACAGUUCAACCCUUUGACUCCCAUGAGUGACUAGAACAAAAUUUCUUCUUGCAAUAUCAGUAAUAUACAUGUAUCAAGCAGACAAAUAAUAAGAAUAACGAAAAAUAUCAAUCAGGGUAUUAUUAGAGGAUCCAAUACCAAAUUAUCCAAACUAACAUCAUAGGAGAUCGUGGGAGUGAAAUGGUUAAUCGUAAUUAUUAUAUGACAGGGUAGUCCUGACGUAAAUCCCAGCGUUCUGAUUAGAUUCUACUUGGGCAGGAUUUUAUCCACGGAAGCGAUCACAACCUGUGUAUCUUUGUUUGCGAAAGCCGGCAAAUUCAAAAUAAACAAGUUUGGUCCGAGUGCCAUGUAGUAAACUACCUUCGCUUGCUCGAACCGUGCCGGGGAAAAUUGACCCGCGGUCGUUUUUGAAAGGACCUUGCUGUGCUCGGUCUGUUCUGCCACAACCUUAAACCGAUAUUCCCUACUUCAGCCCUUAUGCUUGGUUCGUAAGAAGUUAUUAGUAACUGGUGUUUUCGUGAUGUCAUUCUUCGUAGGUUUCGCCCGUGUCUUCGCUAUCAUCGAUGGUGCUCUCCACCAGUGGCUUCAACAAACCAAAGGAGUUGAAGAAGCAGUGCUCGAGUAUCAACUGACGAUAACUGAGAUUUUGGACGAGCUGGUGGAGUGGAAUAAGACACAUGACAGCCUUGUGCUCGUAAACAGUCCUCUGCACGAUGCAUCAACUAGUGUUUUGACCAUCAACGUAUCGCUCAUCAGGAUUCUAGAGAAGGCUCUGCAGCAUUGUUCUGAGAAGAUGAGUGGCAAGCACUGGGAUUUUAUACUGUGUACCUUGGCUGGCUGGUUGCAGGUAUCUGUGCGGAUUUCUAUGGAAAUGUUGUAGAGUGUAACAGUGGCAACUUCGAAAACAUAGAUUAAGUUGCUUUAACUUAACUUGUGGUCAGUUGACUGUUGUGAAGGUAGGGGAGGGGUAGGUGCGCAGUUGCUCAGAUACUGAAAUUAAUCCCAUAAUUUACGACCGCAGAUUUAUCGAAAACAAAACAGCCAUUUGCAACUAUCCCAAAAGUUCGUUGUUCUUUAAAAAACAACUCAAAUUGUUGUUCUUCUUUUCUCCCUUACUUCUAGGCAAAAUGCAUCAUACCAAUUAUUAUGCCUCAAUUUCAAAAAUAAGUCUCCUUUUUAUCAACGAUUUCUUUUUCAAAUCUUGUUCCAUUACAAGAUCAUGUUUCUUACGAGUAGUGUCGAGGGAGCUAUAACGAAGGACAAAGUUACUUCAUUCACUCAUGAGUUUUAUUGAAUUUUUACACAAAGAUGUUGUAGAAAAGCUCAAACGUUUUUCACCGUAGCUUUUGCAGAGCUCAAGAAUCAUUGCAUGCUAGUGUGGUUAUGAGCAUUUCUUGUCUUUUGACAGACUUGCGAGGAAAAUCGCCUUAUCCUUACAACGUCACUGAAAUGUGUGGCACUAUGCUGCCAAAUUAGUUCACUCUUUUGCACCGUGGCACGUUUCUUUGAGGAGAAUGCCUCAAAACUACCCAAGGUCAAUGAAGCGUCACAUGAAGUGGACGGCGGAUCUUUAACGACAGCUGACGCUCUUGGCUCUCCCACAAAUAUCUUUACGGAAUGGCAGGAGUUCUUUAGUGGAACUUUGUUUAAUGCGGUGUUACAACUGUUCCUGUUCCAUGCAGGUGAGCGACGGCUUGGUCUUUUGUUUUGAUCAAAGAAAAAGAUAAGUUAAUAAAUGAAAAAAGGCAAGAUAGCUGAAGGGUCCGCUGUAAGUUCAGUCUCUGGUCGUGUUUGUUUCAUUACACCCAGUGGAGAGGAGGAGAGGUUAGCUGGCCUAGGUUCGCAAACGCUUAACAUUCAAAUCCAGAUCUAAAGUAUUCGCAGCGACCAAUCACAUCAAAGGAAAAUACCUCGAGGAACCAAUGAAAGCUGAAAGCAUAACAAGAAGAAUGUCUGAAGCGCGGGAAAACGAAAGUACCAUGUCGCGACCUGCUUGAUUCUGCAUCCGAUUGGUGCACUUUGCGGAACCAAUCACAGAGCAAAGGAAAGAACAGCCAGUGCAAUCGCAGGUUACUUUCGACAAUCAAUUGAAAAAGGUUCCUUUAAUCAAAAUUAUCUUACUUGAUUUUAGGUCAGUAUCAAAGCGCCCUUUCUGAAACGUCACUGUGGUCAAACCGUGUCAGCGAGGGACUUGGGUCGGCUGUGGUCUACAUUCCUACGACAAUUCUAAAGGAACAUAAAUUUGAGAGGCAACCACAAGGAACAGAUAAUCGAUGUUCACAUAUGCCCCAAUGGACUGCUGAGCUGCUGGAACACUGCUUACCUCUCCUGAGAUGCAGUCAACAUGGACUCCAAUUUGCGGCCUAUCAUCUGCUUUCUAAGUAAGUACUGACUCCGACUCCUGUAUCCAGUUGGUAAAAGCACCAAACACAUUUCAGCGAGGCUGACUAAGAAGUUUUCACGCAUUACACUCGCAAAGAAUUCCCCAAUUUACUCUUACUCUGAUUACCGCUGAGCUGGAGCCAGUCAAAAUGUCGGUCAUAACACCAAUAACAGUCUGUAGCAGAACUUCCUCUGCCCAGACAAUUACACUAUCGUAACCACCGGAUCAAAUUAUAUACUGCACUUUCGCUUCAAUUUUCAAAGAAGCAAGACAUGCAAGCGGUUGAAAGCAUCGCGCAUGUACAAACCUUAAAAAGACAACCUUGGAGGGAACACUAUUAGCCAGGUCAAUCAAGUCGUUCGCAUCUCAAGAACGUGGUAUUGAAGCUCCGUAUGUUUUUUUUAUCUGUAGAGUAAUGAAGGAAGUCACGCUAUCGGUCGAAAAUGAAUCAGAGACCGAGGAAGGAGUGGAUGAACCUGUCAGGUACCCAGUUACAGACAUUUACGGUUUUUGUAAUAGUUCAAGGAAAAAAAAAACAAUGGAAACCCUCUCAGCCUGUCGUAAUCACCUAUAGACUGAGGUGCAUUUACUUGACGAGUUUCUGAGCGUUCAUUCAGUUAUUUUCUCCAGUUAUUUUCUAUUCUCUCUUCUCAACUGCGCAAGCUCAAAGGCUAUUGCUGUAUGCUAUUGUUACGAUAUGCUAGUUACCAAGCUCCCAGCCUUUGUUUAUAAUGCCUUGUGUUGAUGUAAUAAAUUAGUUGUUGUACAGAACAGCCAUCUUGGAUUACGUUCACAGGCUUGCGAGUGAGUUCGAGAAUAACAGCUAUGUCUCUCACUCUAACGCCUGUCACGAAUGCUUCUCUCCAUCAGUAAACCUUCUUACCUCACUAAUUUUUUUUAUUUUUUUAAGAUUCACUGCAAUGGUUUUUUUCCUGCAUAAGACACCCUAUGUGUUUCGAAAAAAGCCAAUCACUUGUUGUUUUGAUUGUUUUUUGACAGAUCGCCGCCUACCGCGUUGAUGGAGCUGAUAAAUUCGUCAUGCGCACAUAUGACUGAGAUGGUACACGAAGCGCAUGUGCCAUUCGGAGAACAUCUGGACAUGACAGGCGACACCGAGGCGCAGAUCGUCAGCCUCGCUCUUAUGUUAGCUUGGAAAGUUUUGCUUCAGUUCUUUAGAAGUUUGCCACAAGAAAAGCGAGUUGAAUACGCCAAAUACAUCAAGCAAAAUAAGAUGGUGGAUAGUCUUCUUUGCGUGCUGUUUAGACUGAUUCCCGUGAAGUCAACAGUAGUAGUAGUGGAAACAGAUGAUUCUGAGCCGGGUAUAAGUCGUCUUGUUGGUCAGCGUACUAUCCAGCAGUUAGCAUGUGGCUUGUUUUAUUCCUUGUUACAAUGGAUGCCGGCCAUUGUCAGGCAAUGGUGGAAUAGCGUAGACAAGCGUCAAUCUGCUAUUGUGGACAAGUAAGAUGCUCUUAUUACUUUUGAAUUAUUUUUCCUUAAAUUCAAUAAAAUUGAGUCCAGUCACGGUUUAUUUCGGCCUCAAAUAACAACAUUAAUUGACCAUUUUCCCGGUGGCGCUUUUUCGAGCCAAUACAAACAAAUUGUAAAUAAACGAGGUGCUUAAAAUCCCAACUGGCCGGAGUUAAGGAGUUGAACUUGCGGCAACCGAGAACAAAUCCAGAGAGUAGCAGGGUGCAAGACUUAACCCCGGACCGCAAGAUUAUAAGUUCAGCUCCCUAACCACUCGGCAACGCUGCCUCCACACUCACAGUUACAAUUAAUAGAUUCUGUGUUCCGUCGGAUAAGUUGAUUUAUCGAUAUAUCCCAUGGAAAUGCGCCUUAAAUGGAACAAGUUGGUCCAAACUGCUGAAAGUUAGUUUGACUGAGAAAGUGUGAUAUUAGAUAUAAAUACUUUAAGAAUCAGUUUAGAAACUAAUUUAAAUGAAGAAUAUUUUCUUUUUUGUCUCCGUUCGCGUAGAUUCACAACUUCCAACAUAACCCCACAACUUUGCCGGCGCGAAAUGCAACUGGUUCAAACUUCGUCGAUCCGGUUUGACAACAUGCAGGUCAAGGCUCGACCCAAUGCCCGCGAGGUGGCCGCGGUUUAUACGAUUGAAGAGAUCUCCAUGGAGUUGGUUGUGAAAUUGGCGCCAAACCAUCCACUGGGAGUGGUGUCUGUCGAGAGCGGCAAGAAGAUCGGGGUGACAGCUGCUCAAUGGAGAAGCUGGAUGCUUCAGAUGACGACGUUUCUAACACAUCAGGUCAGUGUCAAAUUGCAAUGUUUCUGACGUUACUAACUUUCGCCUGCACCUAAUGUCGUAUAAUGGAAAGGUCUAUUCUUCGCGAAACGUGAAUCUUACUUUUUAAAGCAGUCGAGUUUCACUCUUGUUAACCUAUUUUACCUUCUGAGGCUCCGACAGGAACCGCUCUCGAUACAUUCGGAUUUAGCAACCUCAUUAGGGAACUGUACAAUAUAAUUAGAUUUUAAUGAUGUAAUAUUCUGAUGUCUUUUUCGUGACAAUGACUUCAAUAAAUGCCGUUAUUGUAUUUCUGGUUUUAGAAUGGAAGCAUAAUGGAUGGUCUCAUUCUGUGGAAACGCAACGUUGACAAGCGUUUCGAGGGCGUAGAAGACUGCAUGAUCUGUUUCUCUGUCAUUCAUGGCAGUAACUACUCUCUUCCUAAACUGAGCUGCAAAACAUGCAAGAAAAAAUUCCAUUCGGCCUGUCUUUACAAAUGGUUCAGCACCAGUAACAAUGCCACUUGUCCGCUUUGCCGGAAUCUUUUCUAAUCCUUAAACUUUCGAAAAUUAUCAACAUGUGAAGUCGCCUCUCACAGUUUACUACAUUCCACAGUGAACAGGAGAUCAGAAUGGGCGACCAAAACAGGCGGAGGAUGCCAUGUUGAUAUAAACCAAAUUCUCUAAACUUGUUUACAGGGAAAGUUUAACAUAGUAGUUUUAUGCUUUUCACUCCAAGAUAUUAUCAUUAAUUCUCCUUACCGUUUGCCAUAUUAUUCUGAUGAUGUUAGUUCAGAGGAUUUGGUAUUGGAUCAACUUCUAAUCCCCUAAUUGAUAUUUUCUUUAUUCUCAUCACUUGUCUGCUGAAAUUGUAAGGAGAAAUUCUGUGUUGGUCAGUCUGAGGGUUGAAGGAGCUCCUUUUCAACAUUCAGUGUGGUUUUCUGCGACCUGCAAAAUCACCCUCAAUAAAGGGGAAAGCAAAAAAAUAUAGAUUGUGUUCAAUAAAAGGAGAUCAAAGUAGCGAGUGUUACCCUGGAAAGAACAGUAACAGUGCUGUACGGAGAUAAUUAACAAGUAUUCCAAAAAAAACCAACCAUAAACAAUUGUCUAAAUGAUAAGAAGAUGCAGAAACCAAAGCGCAGCUCUUGGACUUGUAAGUAGAUUGGUCGGAGUAUUAACAUGUUUGUUUGACAAGCGUGGAGUUUUAAGCCGUCUACGUCUAAUUUAAACCGAGUUUUUCAUCGUUUCAAUAAUUAUGAUCCAUACUUUCGAGUCGCCUUGCACAGUCCUAACUAAUGCAAUGAGUAGACGCGACCGAUUCAAGCGUUAUUUGUGUUCCAAGGCAAUCCAAUGUUAUUGUUCCAGAGAUAGUUGUGAUC